CCCGCCUCUGGUGCUCGCCUCGGCGUCGCCCCGCCGACGUUCGCUUCUGGAGCAGAUCGGCUACGCGCCGGACGUUGUGGAGCCUGCGGCGCUCGACGAAGCGGUGCUUCCCGGCGAGCAGCCGGAGGCGCACGCGGCCCGGCUCGCCCAGGCCAAAGCCUCAGCCGUUUCAGCCCGCCAUCCGGGUGCGUUCAUCCUCGGCGCCGAUACGGUGGUGGCGUGCGGUCGGCGAAUCCUGGACAAGGCGGAGACCGAGGAGAGCGCGCGGCGCUGCCUCGCCCUCCUCUCCGGCCGGCGCCACCGGGUCUAUGGCGGGGUCACGGUGAUCGACCCCGAGGGCCGCGCGGUAAGCCGCCUGGUGCGCACCGCGGUGACGUUCAAGCGGCUCUCGGAAGAGGAGAUGGCGGCCUAUCUCGCCGGCGGCGAAUGGCGGGGAAAGGCCGGCGGUUACGCGAUACAGGGGCGGGCGGCGGCCUUCGUCCGCUUCGUCGGCGGCUCCUACACAAAUGUGGUGGGGCUGCCCGUUCACGAGACCUACCAGCUAUUGGUCGGCCUCGGCCUGCCGCCCCGGCCGCCCGGCGCCGGGGACUCAUGAGCAAGACGGCGCGCGAUGAGGCGGGCGGCCCGGCGAUCGACGAGCUGCUGAUCACCGCGAGCCCCUAUGGCAUGCGCGCAGCCGCGGUCGCGGCCGGUCGGCCGGUCGCGUUCUUCAUCGAACAUCGUGCGAAGCCCAGCCGCAUCGGCGAUCUGCAUGUGGCGCGCCCGCUCGGCAGGAUGAAGGGUAUCGACGCCUGCAUCGUCGAUAUCGGCGAGGGCGAGGAGGCAUUCCUUCAAGGGGCACGUAGCCUCGACGCCGAUGGCGCGCCACCGAUCGUGCAGAUCGUCUGCGACGCCUAUGAGGGCAAGCGCGCACGGGUCACGCGGCGAGCGGUGUUGGCGGGCCGCUUCGCUACCUUCAGGCCCGGCGGGCGCGGACUCGCCUUUUCCCGCCGCCUCCGCGAUCCCAAGGCUCGGCGCGCGCUCACAGCCGCGCUCGACGGGAUCGACAUGUCCAGCGGAGGGGUGACGAUCAGGGCCGCCGCGGGGGCGUGCCCGGACGAGGUGCCGGCCGCUGCCGCCGCGCUGGCGGCACGUUGGAAUGAGGUCCAAGCGUCGGCCAAGCGCGACCGGACCCCCCGGCGCCUCUGGCAGGCAGGCGGCCUGCUCGGGCGGCUGCUGCGCGACGUAGCGGUACCCGGAACCGCGUGUGUCGCCAUCGACGACCGUGCCCUGCUCGACCGGGCGGGCACGUUGGCCGCACGUGAGGCGCCGGAUCUCACGCCUGCCCUCUCAUACGCCGGCGCGGCACCGCCUGCGGGGCCGCUCUUCGAGCGCCACGAUUGCGCGGGCCGGCUCGCGGCUGCGCUCGAGCCCGAGGUCGUGCUGCCCGGCGGCGCCCGGCUCACGAUCGAGGAAACCCGCGCGCUCUGCGCGAUCGACGUGGACACGAGCCAAACCGCCCGAUGCCGCCGCAGCCGAGACCGCCGGCGCCGCCGGGCGCGAAAUCGUCCUGCGCAAUCUCGGCGGGUUGAUCGCGAUCGACUUCGCGGGCCGCGGCGGCACCCGCACCGGACGGCCCAGCUUGCCGCGCUCGGCGCGUGCACUCAAGGCCGACCGGACUCCCCACCGGGUGCUCGGCGUCACCGCCGGCGGGGUGGUGGAGGUCAACCGCCAGCGGCUCGGCCCGAGCCUGCGUCAGGCCCUGACCGAGCCCACUGGCGAUGCCUUCGGCGGGCGCAGGCUGCGGCUGGAUGCGGCGGCCCACGAGGCGGCAGACGCCGCCCGGCGCGAGGCGGCGAGCGGGGCUAG